AUGGCCGACGCAAGCCCCGCCAAGUCGACGACGUCGCCGCGACCUCAGCUCGCCUCAUCCAUGAGGAGCAGCUCGUUUCUGCGCGAGCACCAGCAGUACCGGCCUCCGCAGCAUCCCGAGAGUCGCUUCGGCAUCGACACCGUCGUCGAGGACCUGAGCAACGUAGCCGUCUCGCCGCCCAAGCACGCUCACAACCAUAACCACAAGCAUUAUGCUGGCUUCAACGGAAUUCCUUCCGAGGACAAUCCGCCUACCAUCCGCAGCGGCUUGAAUCACAGCUACUCGCACCCGAACUGUGCGCCUGUCGGGGGCAAGAAGCAGUCUCGCCUGGUCGCAACGCUAUUCUAUAAACCGAAUGGCGACAGCCACGCGACCGCAGCAUCUGGUGGCAGCGGCGUCGCAUCGCCGCCCAAGUCGACCUCCGAGAACUCCAGCAGUAAGGAUUCUCUUCCGGCCAACUUUGCGCCUACGCAGGACCCCGAAUCCUUCCCGCUUGAACCCCCGACGCAGGAGCCCGAGAAGCUCGACCACUUGUAUGGCUCGUACGUCUCGCCCAUGUGCGUGACUUCGUUCCUGCACCUGAUGUCGACCUUUCCUCUGCCCGCUGGCGAGACCGACUACAGCUCGUCGCAUCGCUGCCUUGAUAGCCAGGAGAACCCGCGAGUCGUGGAAUUGACCCUCGACCCGGCCCCUUGCCAGAGCUACCUCAGCCUGACCGACCUGCGGAGACACGAGCUUAUCUACCGUUUCGAGAGAGAAUGGAGCGUCGACGUCGCGCUGCAGCCCGACACCCUGUGGCGCCGCCACCCUAGACUGGUCGUUUUCGACAUGGACAGCACACUCAUCACGCAAGAGGUGAUUGACCUGCUCGCCGCGACCAUCAAGGACCCGCCCGACCUGGCCGCGCGCGUCGCAGACAUCACCCACCGCGCCAUGCUCGGCGAGCUCGAGUUCGACGCCGCGUUCCGCGAGCGUGUGCAGCUUCUGAGGGGCCUUCCCGCGUCCUUCUUCGAGCAGCUGAGACCCGUCCUGGACGUGACCAAGGGUGUGCCUCGUCUGAUCAAGGCCUUGAAGCGCCUCGGUGUGAAGACCGCAGUGCUUUCUGGUGGAUUCCUCCCUCUCACAAGCUGGCUGGCCGGAGAGCUAGGCAUUGACUACGCGCACGCCAACGAGGUGGUCAUUGAUGACGCCGGCAAGCUCACGGGAGAGGUCAAGGAUCUUAUCGUAGGCAAGGAGAGGAAGCGCGACCUCUUGGUCGAGAUUGCUGGCAAGGAGGGCAUCGACCUGUCGCAGGUCAUUGCCGUAGGCGACGGCGCGAACGAUCUCCUGAUGAUGGGGGCGGCGGGAUUGGGCGUUGCCUGGAACGCGAAGCCGAUGGUGCAGAUGGAGGCCGACACGAGGCUGAACAGCGAGAGCCUUCUGGAUCUGCUGUACCUGUUUGGUUUCACCGGACACGAGAUUGAGCAGCUUUCUUCGUAA